AGGAAAAGAGGGAGGGAGGGAGGUGUAGAGAGAGAGAGAGAAAGUGUUUUGGAAUAGAAUCAUUGGCUACUCACUGCGGACUAUGUCAGCAGCAAAAUUAUCACACCAGCCCCGAAAUGGUUUCCUCUGUAGGGAGCAGUUGGUGUGAGAAUGAGAUCGCAUUGAAACAAAACACACACACGUACGUACAGAGCAGCGCAGAGCAGCGCAGCGCACAACAACAACACCGCCACCGAGAACAGAUGACCCACUUCGCGCCCAGAAGGGUUUGUUACCCCCCGGGGAAUCAAUCGACCGGGUGCCUACUGACAGCCGGCUCUUUGAUUCACGACUGUAUAAACAGGAUUUGAUGGAAUUUAACCGCAUGAGGACAGUGAGUAUCCCCCAGAACAUCGCUCUCCCUCUCUCUCAUGUACUCUCUCCGCUCACCGCACAGUCCAGGAACACACGCAAUCACGUCUGGGGAGAUACAGGGUCAACUCCGUGACAGGAGCCUUGGGACGUUUCCUGCAUCGACGUUUCGCCCUUCUCCCUCUCUCUAUCCUCCACCACCGGCCUGGCCAGAGGUGAUCUAUGCCCAUCGGAGGCCAUGUGGAGCUGCAUUCAAGGAGACUUUGGACCCAACGGAACAUCAUGUGAUGACCUGUGCCACAGAGUUGGCCUGAGCCUAUCUGCUGCCUCCGUCACCUACUUGAUCGUGUGCCUGCCUCUGGGUUUGGCUGUCAACGCCUUGAUCCUGGUGGUCAACUUGCGUCACAAGGCCUCCUUGGACAUGCCCGAUGUCUACUUCACCAACAUGGCCCUGGCUGGCUUGCUGCUCAACCUGGUGGCUUUAGUCCAACUCCCGAGCCCUGACUAUCUCCUGUGGCCGGCCUGGACCUUCGGCCGUGAGGUCUGCAUGGCUUCCUUCAUCCUCUUCAACAUGGCUUCCUUAGUCAGUAUCUAUUCCUCCACCCUGCUCAGCCUGGACUGCUUCAUCUGGCAAGCCGUGCCUCACACGCACCUGGCCAGCGCCUACAACACGCGACACGUGUGCAGCUUUGUGUGGGGUGGUUCGGCCCUCGCCAGCUUCUCCUCCCUCCUCUUCUACGUGUGCAGCAAGGUGUCCGACCGGGCCGACGACUGCUCCAAGCUCCAGACGCAGGAGCUGGGCGACGCCAUCAUGGUCUUCACAGGCUUCUUGGUGCCGGUGGCCGGGGUGGCUUACGCCUUGCGGUUGCUGCUCUGCUCGGGGAAGGAAAGCCAGCCGGCAGUCCAAAGCUCCUCCGCGGAAGCCGACUCCAACAUCUCCUCCGCGCUUCACCGGCUGCUGCUGGCCACAGUCUCUGUGCAAUUUGCCCUCUGGCUCCCCUACUAUGUGGCGCUUCUGGUCAGCACCGCCCGGGUGGUCUCGGAGCCCGGGGAAGCCCACCGAUCGGCCGGCCUGCUCCACUUCAUCCGGGGCUGGGGGGAGCUGAUCGCUUACCUCAGUAGCUGUGUGGUGCCCUUGCUCUACAGGCGCCUGCACAAGAGCUUUGAGGUCCGAGCGCGGAGGUUGGUGCACGAGCUGCGGUGCGCGGUCAGGACCUGCGGGCGCCACCGCCCGGCCCAACGGCAACAUGUCUCGACUGUCUCCUGGGCGGAGACCGGACUGUCACCCAAUGCCGUCGAAGUGAACGACAACUAGAGCGGCCUCUGAGCUCAACCCCAAGCCUGUGCUCUCGUCCACCGCACUGGGACUCCCCAGCCCACCGCUGUCCGUCGGUGGGGUAACUUAGAACCGAGACGAUUGGCAAAAGGAACGAGAUGGGAGACGAGGAGAAAUCUCCCC